CACUGGUUUGUAGACAGUACCCGAGCGCGCGACUCACUCAGCUCUCCAGCUGCAGUCGGAGAAGGAGCUCACGCACACACCCCGCAUCCUGCUCGCGCUCAGGACAGACAGACAAGCGCUGCGUUUGGUACACGUGAGGCUGCGGGGAACAGGACCCAGUGUACCGUCAGCGGAAGAGAGGCAAGCGGGAGCUGUGGAGAAGCGAACCAGUUCAGCCAGACAGGUGUCCUUGUCCAGGACAGUGCGUCGACAAGAAGGGAAGGGGGAGGAGGAGCUGUGGCUGACCUGCAGCCAUGCACCGCUUACGGACUACAGUUGCAAGGCUUCGGCCUUUAACGGCUGCACAGAGCCUAUCACAGCCAAGACUAUUGAUGACCGAAAGGGGCUUAAGGACGUUUCAGCCUGUGAGGCGCCUGAACACACCUGUGGCUGCUGAGCCCUUUCUUAAUGGCACCAGCUCUAACUAUGUGGAGGAGAUGUACUAUGCGUGGCUGGAGAAUCCCAGGAAUGUACACAAGUCCUGGGACAUAUUUUUCCGUAACGCCAAUGCUGGGGCUCCGCCUGGUGCGGCCUACCAGACCCCUCCACCGUUUAGCGGGACUUCUCAGGGACUGGCCAGUGUCCAGGCACUGGUGGGGGCUCAGCCCAACGUGGAGAAGCUGUUGGAGGAUCAUCUAGCAGUACAAUCACUCAUACGAGCCUACCAGGUACGAGGGCACCACAUAGCGAAGCUGGACCCCCUGGACAUCAGCUGUGUAGACUUUGACGAUGCCCCGUGUACCGUCGGUUUCCAGAACGUUGGUCUUUACGGGCUGGCUGAAUCUGACCUGGACAAAGUGUUCCGACUUCCCAACACCACCUUCAUCGGCGGCAGUGAGAGCGCUUUGCCGCUCAAAGAGAUUAUACGCCGCCUUGAGAUGGCCUACUGUCAGCAUAUAGGAGUAGAGUUUAUGUUCAUUAACGACGUGGAGCAGUGCCAGUGGAUCAGACAGAAGUUUGAGACACCAGGCAUCAUGCAGUUCAGCCUGGAGGAGAAGAGGACUCUUUUGGCCAGAAUGAUCCGAUCCACAAGGUUCGAGGAGUUUCUCCAGAGGAAGUGGUCUUCAGAGAAACGAUUCGGACUGGAAGGCUGCGAAUCGCUCAUCCCGGCCCUGAAGACCAUCAUCGACCACUCCAGUCAGAGCGGCGUGGACAGUGUGAUCAUGGGGAUGCCUCACAGGGGCCGGCUCAAUGUGCUGGCUAACGUGAUCCGGAAGGAGCUGGACCAGAUCUUCUGCCAGUUUGACUCUAAACUGGAGGCUGCAGACGAGGGCUCUGGCGAUGUGAAAUAUCACUUGGGGAUGUAUCACAAGAUGAUGAACCGUGUCAGCGAGCGGUACAUCACGAUGUCACUCAUGGCCAACCCGUCCCACCUGGAGGCAGUGGACCCGGUGGUGCAGGGAAAGACCAAAGCUGAGCAGUUCUACGGCGGAGACACUGAGGGCAAGAGGGUGAUGUCUAUUCUGCUUCAUGGCGAUGCUGCAUUCGCAGGCCAGGGUAUCGUGUACGAGACGUUCCACCUGUCUGACCUGCCGUCCUACACCACACAUGGCACCAUACAUGUGGUGGUAAACAACCAGAUUGGUUUCACCACAGAUCCCAGGAUGGCACGUUCAUCUGCUUAUCCUACAGAUGUAGCACGGGUCGUCAACGCGCCCAUCUUUCAUGUCAAUGCAGACGACCCGGAGGCUGUGAUGUAUGUGUCCAAGGUGGCGGCCGAGUGGAGGAACACUUUCCAUAAAGAUGUGGUCGUAGACCUGGUGUGUUACAGACGUAACGGCCAUAACGAGAUGGAUGAGCCCAUGUUCACCCAGCCGCUGAUGUACAAGCAGAUCAAGAAGCAGAAAGGGGUCCUGAAGAAGUUUGCUGAACAACUCAUCGCUGAGGGAGUCAUCACAACACACGAGUACGAGGAGGAAGUAGCUAGUUAUGACAAAAUCUGUGAGGAAGCUUACGCUCGCUCCAAAGACGAGAAGAUCCUUCACAUCAAGCACUGGCUGGACUCGCCGUGGCCUGAAUUUUUCACUCUGGAGGGACAGCCCAAAACUAUGAGCUGCCGUCCCACCGGCAUCCGUGAAGAAGAGCUCUGCCACAUUGGAAACAUCGCCGCCUCAGUCCCUGUGGAAGACUUCACUAUACACGGAGGUUUGAGUCGCAUCCUGAAGGGCCGCGCAAAUAUGGUGAACCAGCGAGUGUGUGACUGGGCUCUCGGGGAAUAUAUGGCCUUCGGCUCUCUGCUCAAUGAGGGGAUCCACGUACGCCUCAGUGGACAGGAUGUGGAGAGGGGCACAUUCAGCCAUCGGCACCAUGUUCUCCACGAUCAGAACGUUGAUAAGAGGAUCUGCAUCCCAAUGAACUACAUCUCCCCGGGUCAAGCUCCGUACACUGUCUGCAACAGCUCUCUGUCUGAAUAUGGAGUACUAGGUUUUGAAUUAGGCUUUGCCAUGGCCAGUCCUAACGCUCUGGUUCUUUGGGAGGCCCAGUUCGGAGACUUUCAUAACACCGCUCAGUGCAUCAUCGACCAGUUCAUCAGCUCGGGCCAGGCCAAGUGGGUGAGACAGAAUGGCAUCGUGCUGCUGCUCCCUCACGGCAUGGAGGGCAUGGGUCCAGAGCACUCGUCUGCCCGCCCUGAAAGGUUUCUGCAGAUGUGUAACGAUGACCCUGAUGUUUUCCCUAAACUGUCAGAGGACUUUGCCGUGCGUCAGCUGUACGACUGUAACUGGAUCGUCGUCAACUGCUCUACUCCUGCGAACUACUUCCACGUUCUCCGCAGGCAGAUCCUGCAGCCCUUCAGGAAGCCCCUGAUAGUAUUUACUCCCAAGUCGCUGUUGCGUCAUCCUGAAGCCAAGUCCAGCUUCGAUGACAUGCUGCCUGCCACCCACUUCAAGCGUCUGAUCCCUGAUGACGGGCCUGCAGCUGCCAGCCCAGAAAAGGUGAAGAGAGUCGUUUUCUGCACUGGAAAGAUUUACUAUGAACUGACCCGUGAGCGCAAGAACAGAGGCAUGGACGACGCUGUAGCUGUUGUCCGCAUCGAACAGCUCUCACCGUUCCCGUUUGACCUGGUGAAAGCAGAGGCUGAUCGUCACCCGAACGCUGAUCUGGUGUGGUGUCAGGAGGAGCACAAGAACCAGGGCUACUACGACUACGUCAAGCCCCGCAUCCGUACGACCAUCAACCACGCCCGCCCCGUCUGGUAUGCUGGUCGUGGGUCCGCAGCAGCUCCAGCUACCGGGAACAAGCAGACUCACCUCUCAGAGCUGCAGCGUCUACUGGACACAGCGUUCGACCUGGAAGCAUUCUCAGGGAAACAGUAAAAGCUGGUGUACGCCUCACUCCAUCUUCCCACUCACAGAUCCAACCGGCCUGUCAAGCUUCAGUUCAUCAGUGCAGGUUCCCCGUCUUCAAGACUGGCUUUACACUGUGCCAACAACGCUUUGCAUUGAUGAGUUUUUCCUCAAUAUUUUAACAUAUCAGACAUGUUAUCAGGUGAAAUCUUCAAACAAAACGCACAAUUACUGUAACCAUGAUGACCUCGUGUUUCACAGCGAUGGACACUAUUGUAGAAAAAAAUGCAACUAAGCCUGCGUUGAAUGUAUUAAUUUAUAUACUAAAUUAAAUUAGAUUAAUUUAACUUGCAAUUACAAACUGUUAACCUGCUCUGUACAUCCAGAAUCCCACCAAAGUACUUUAUCAAUCACCUUAUUCUUGAAUUCAUGUACUGAUCAGUGGCCUGAAAUGGAACAACCAGUGGACAUGAUGAGAACCGUGAGGCACAAAUUUAAAGGAAUAGUUUUACAUUUUAGGAAAUAAGCUUAUUCAGAGAGUUAGAUGAGUUACCGCUCCUGUAUCAGUCUGUUAGCUUAGCUUAGCUUAGCAUAAAGGCUGUAAACAGCUAGCCUUUCUGUGCCCAAGUUAACAAAAUGUAAUUCUCUAAAUCUCAUCUCAUUUCUUUAAUCUGUACAAAAACCAAAGUUUUAAAAAGGACAAUUAUUAGGGGUUUUAGGGGUGCAGUGACUUUUGAAAGCUUAAAAGGUGUUGGAUAGCAGGUGUUUUAAACAUAUUUAGUCAGAGCCAGGCAACGUGUUUCCCUCUGUUUUCAGUCUUUAAGCUAAGCUAAACGAUAUGAGCGUGGUAUCAAUCUUCUCGUGUAGUUCACAGAAACUAAGCGGAUGAGAGUCUUUCGCAGAAUUUCAUACUAUUAAACUGGAGUUAAACGUCCGGCAGUGUUUCACAACUAAAGUGUGAUGGUGACCACAUGAGACCUGGCAACCCUGCAGGAUAUCAUUGAUCCUUUGAAAUGUUUAGGCCGAGUAGGGCUAUAUUAAAGUGCUUUUAUAAUGAGUUUGAGUGAGAAAAAACCUAAACUUUAUGUCUGCCUUUAUGUGAUGUAAUGUUUUCUGUAAAUACAGAAACAUACCAAAGGGGCUCAAGAACAUUUCUCUUUUAUCUGAGUUCAGCCGUGACUUUAAAAUGACCCGGGCGUUAUUUAUCUUACUGUUUGAGACUUUACAUGCACCAACAUCUAACAUGAACACACUUCUUCUUUUUCCGAUGAUUUUGUAACUCUCUCUCUUUUUUUUUUUUUUUUUUUUAAUAUUAUGCUUCAGUUCCUCCCAUAUCCCUAUUUAUUUUCUCCUCCAUGCGUCACUCACCAUCCUGCCACAUCACUGUAAACGUCCGUUUGUGCCAAAUGUAAAAGAUUACUUGAAAUAUACAGUUUCAUUUUAAUAAUAAUAAGUCGUGCCAGCAAUGGUAAAAACUUUAAAGAGUCGACGAGAUUCCUCAGGUCUUCAGAUCUGAAGGAUGUAUUUAUUUUUCAUAUCGUGUUGUAUGUUUUGUUGUUUUCAAUAAACAGAGAUUAUAGUUCC